AUGGAGGAAAAUUAUUAUGGAGAAUUUGUUGAUUGUUCCAUUCCUCAUACUCCUAAAUGUGUUGGGAUAUGCAUCAACGGGCAUUUGUAUUAUAAAGCUAUGGGAAAUGAAUAUCAGUUGAUGAUAGUUCGCUUUGACAUUAGGUCUGAGAAGUUCAAGUUUACUACUAUUAAUAAUUAUGAAGCUGUCCAGAUCCAGUUCUUGCUUCGGACUCUGAUAGAUUACAAGGUAAAAUUAGGUGCGCUUAUCACCGAUUUAGAUGGUAUGUUUUCUAGAGCGACUACAUGCAUUGAGUUUUGGGUUUUAGAUGAUGUUGAGGAACAUAAAUGGUGGAGACAUUACAUACCGCCUUUGUGGGAGAGUUUAGUUGAAAAUUACUGGUUAGUGAUUGUCAGGAUGACUCGUAACGGUGAGAUUGUGUUGACCUCACUCGAGUUAUAUGAUCCUUUCUACACUUUUUGUUACAAUAUGAAGAGGAAGACUAUUACAAGAAUCAAAAUCCAAGGGAUGGAAGCUUUUAAGGGUCGGAAUAUUUUUACAUUUACUGACCAUAUAGAAGAUGUGAGGCUUAUGGAAGCGAUUAUGGCUACCAAGGCCGGCUGA